AACAUGAAAUUCCUCGUGGCCGUGGCAGCCUUUUUUCUCGUCUCCACUCAACUGUUUGCAGAAGAAAUCAGAGCCAACGAUGAUCUGAAUUAUUGGUCCGACUGGUCCGACAGCGACCAGAUGAAGGAGGAGCUGCCCGAGCCCUUUGAGCACCUUCUGCAGAGAAUCGCCCGGAGACCCAAGCCUCAGCAGUUCUUUGGAUUAAUGGGCAAACGGGAUGCUGAUUCCUCAAUUGAAAAACAAGUGGCCCUGUUAAAGGCGCUUUAUGGGCAUGGCCAGAUUUCUCAUAAAAGGCAUAAAACAGAUUCCUUUGUUGGACUAAUGGGCAAAAGAGCUUUAAAUUCUGUGGCUUAUGAAAGGAGUGCAAUGCAAAAUUAUGAAAGAAGACGUAAAUAAACUCCUUAAUGUAUUAUUUAUUGAACUUCAUUUGUGUCAAUGGCCAAUGAAAGGUAAAAUAAAAGGAAUAAUUAUUUAUUUAAUAAUAACUGUUGUUUGAGUUGAGAACUCAAAAAAAGUGUUUAUUUUUCAUAUUGUGCCAAUAUGUGUUGUAAAACAUGUGUUGUAAUUCUAAGAUGAUUACUCCUACUGAACUGAAAAUCUGGCAAUUUCUCCACAAAGCACAGUAUUCAAUAAAAUUGUAAAGCCUUCCAAUGUUAUAGUCUCUCAAGAAAUAAAUUGUAUUUGUUUCUUGGAUGCAGUCACAUCAGCUCCUGCUGAAAAGGAAGGAAACAGCUGUAUAUAUAGUCUUGUGCUUCCCUGUUUGUUUACACAGUGAACAUGUACUGAGAUUUUGGUAUCAAGCUAUAUUUGUACCCCUGAAGCAUGUUUCAUGUUUUGUGACUAUAUAGAGAUGUUUUCAGAAGUUACUAUGUCAUUUGAAAGUCUUUGUUUCAUUGUAUGGUGUAUUGUGAUAGUUAAUGUUUUAAAUAAAAGAAAAAAUAUCUUG